UACCGCCCCGAGUCCAGAUGUUGAUGGAAGCAUUGACUCUGUUCGUUACUAUUCAGAUGUUUCGUGUUUGCGAAUCCAAGUCGUUUUCUGAGAGUCCGGCUGUAGUCACUGCACAUGUCGGUCAGCCGGUUGAACUCUCCUGUGAACUCACGUACCCAGUGGAGGUCGCAAGCAAUGUGUUGUGGUACCAACAGCGUGCGGACGAACCCCCGGUAGAGAUCAAAUCCACGGACUGCCGAAAGACCGGCUGUAGGACGACUUACAAAAAAGUCUCUGGCGAUCGCACAUCAGUGCUGGAAAUUCGGGACGUCGGUGUGGAGGAUUCGGGUUCCUACUACUGUUCUCGAAGGGAUUUGCUGCUUGCGAAGGGACCCACACUCCUGGUUGGAGACAGCUCCACCAACCGGACCUACAUCCUGGUAUUUGUCCCACUGUCUGAGAGGAACGGGUCGGUUCCCCUGGUGUGUCUGGUCGGCGGCCUUUCUUCCAUCCAUAUUGUCAUUUACUGGAACAUUUCCGGAGAGAUCAUGGAAGGAUGGAGCGAUACCGGCACGCUUGACCCUGACCUGAGUUAUAGUGUUAGAAGUCAGAUGCCAGUCCCAGUGGAAACCUGGAGGAGCGGCGGAGUCUGUACCUGCAUCGCACAGCUCGGGGGUGGGGGAAAGAUGAUAAUCAAGAGCGUGUCCCAUAUCACCAUUGAACCAGAUCAAGGUUGGUGUCAUCCUACAGCGAUCCUCCUUGGGAUCCUUGUCUUCCUGGUUAUCCUAAUUAUUAUUCGGAUCUCUAAAGAGCGUAGAUCAGGGACUCAUCGUCAAUUGGCGACGCACCAAGUACACGGCACUGUGACUCAGUCACAAGCGCCGAUCCUUUACGCCUCUCUCGAGUUCGCUGCAUCAUCCUCUCCCCGCAGAUGAGCAUCUGCGCAGAAAUGGACUGAACCUGGAGUCACACUAAAACCUACUGAACGAAUCAUCUGAC